UUACUCUUGCCUGUAUAAAUGUGGAUGUGGAACUCAUGCUUGCUGAGACUUCCUGGAGGAACUUGCCUGUAAGGAGUCCACUUAUCACAAUGAAAGUUCUUCUGGGUUGCCUUGUGGUCCUCGCCUCCUUGGUGACUUCAUGUAAUGCACAAUGCUAUGUACAACUUCUUGAGAGACUUCCAGACCAGACAUCUGAUGACUGCAAGGAUGCUGAUGGUGAUAAACAUCCCAUCGACUCCAGUUGGGAGAAGAACUGUGAGACGUGUUUUUGUACAAAAGAUUCAAUUCAGUGCUGCAACAAUGUUCCAAUACCUAUGGACUAUGACAGCAGCAAGUGUGAGAAAAUAUUCCACCCGGAUAACUGCACCUAUUCUGUGGUAGAACGGAAGGAUCCAGGGAAAGCCUGUGUUGUCAACAGCUGGAUAAUGUAAAUGUGCUUCUAAUGGGCCCAGUGCUCCAAGCUGACGGAGCCUAGGUUCCCCCAGGAAAUGCUUCAUUCUCCCACAGCUGCUAAUAGUCUGUGAUUAUAGAGCUCUAAUGGUUAGUAAAAAAAAAAUUUUGAUGAGCAAGCAUUUGAAUAUGUGUAUGCUUAAAAUUUACUAAUUAUGCUUUGUAUUGAUUAUAUGUGCUAUAAAGCAAAUAAACAUUUAAUGGAGGAGACAGAAAGCUA